AUGCCAUGGGUAUGUUUUGCAAGAGCUCUCGCUGUCUUCAUUUACUGCAGUAACAAUAUACUUACAUUGUUCAGUCUCUCAUUUCCCUUCCUUUUAGAAUAUGCAGCAAUAAACUCCAUGCUGGACCAGAUCAACUCCUGCUUGGAUCACCUGGAGGAGAAGAAUGAUUAUCUGCACGCCUGCUUGAAAGAACUGCUGGAGUCCAACCGCCAGACCCGCCUGGAGUUCCAGCAGCAGCAGCAGCAGCAGAGCCAGCAGCAGGACAUGGAAACUGAUGUGCAGGGACCACAGCCUCCAGUCUAG